AUGCCCAGUAGAGAAAGAAAAAAGAAAGAAAGAGGAGUUACAAGCAGACUGCCGCCUCCGCCCUACAGUGAGAGCGCACAGCAAAGAUCGGAACCCCCCACUCAAACACUCGUCACGGCGACGGCACAUAUACGCGCCGUGAAGGCCCAUCAUUACAUCUGGCGCAAUGUCGGUGCGAAAGAAAAACAUGGUGGCCGUCAUGCCCGCGGCCGCAUUCAAUUUACAUCGCAGUCACAGCACGCUCACUCCAGGCGAGCGGGGGCAGUGUUGUGGCUGAUGCGGGGCUGUUCGCUGCCGUCGCCGCCGGUGCGCAGCAGCCGCGCCC